GCGGCCCCGAAGGAGGGCUCCGGCAGCUCGUCGGGCGGGAGCACCACCGCCAGCGCGAGCGGCAGGCUGCGCGAGGGCGACCGCAGCAGCAGCUGCUGCUCCGAGGAGAGCACCACCGGCAGCGACGCAGAGAACUCCCCGCGGCCCGCGGAGGCGAGGGCCGGCCUCGCCGCGGAGGGCUCGGAAGAGGCGGGUGCCUCGGAGACGGCGUCCUCCCGUGGCUCUAGGUGCAUCACGCUGAGCUCCGACGAGUGGCUGCCCAGGCUCUGCUGCAAGGUUCCGGGGCUCCUGCUCUUCUCCACGAUGGGCGUCUGCCUGGUGACCUCGGCCGUGUGCCCGAGGGCGCUCUACGCGCUCGCGGGGAUCCUCACGGCCGUCACCGUCACCUGGGCCUGCUACAUGGGGGUCUCCUGCCUGUACGGCAUCUCCAGGAUGCGCGGCGACUGCGCAAAGGACUGGCACUCCAUGCUGGAGGAGCACCAGGCAGCCAACCCUACCGACUCAGACGCCCUGCACUUCGUCAUCCUGCCGAACUACAAGGAGGACGAAGACAUGAUGUGGCGCACGCUAGAGAAUGUCGCGCGCUCCGGCCUGGCGAGGUCCUCGGUGCGGGUGGUCCUUGCCAUGGAGGCCCGCGAGGCUGGGGCCGAGGCCAAGGCCGAGCGCCUCAUGGAGCGCGCCCGGCCAUACUUCUUGGACGUCUGCGCUUCGUUCCACCCAGCAGGCCUGAAAGGCGAGCUGGCCGGCAAGUCGCCAAACACCCAGUGGGCCUACCGGCACCUCCUGCAGGUCUACGACGCGGACCUGUCGCAGCGGGAUCCGUCGCGCGUUUUCCUGACCGUGGCCGACGCGGACACCCUGUUCCACCCGCAGUACCUGAGCGCCAUGACCCUGCAGGCCCUGCAGGCGUCUGCGCAGGAGCGGUCCUGGUCGUUCUGGCAGCCUCCAGUGCUGCUCCUGCGCAACCUGCCCUCGGUGCCGGGCCCGACGCGCUGCUCGAGCUACGCCACGAGCCUCUUCGAGCUGUCGGGCCUGUCAGACCAGUCGCUGUUCCCUGCCUUUUGCUUCUCUUCCUACUCCACGACGCUGGCACUGGCCUCGCAUCCACAAGUCGACGGCUGGGACACGGACGUCAUCGCGGAGGACCACCACAUGUUCUGCAAGUCCUUCUUCGCGCCUCUUUGGGAGGCCCGCGCCAAGUCCACGUGGCGCGACCCCUGCGAGCUGAAGCCGCGGGUGAAGGUGCAGCCUGUCUUCUUGCCGGCGCUCUCGUACCUCGUAGAUUCUGGUGAGAGCAACAGCGUGGCAAGCUGGUUCAGCUCCUGCCGCGCCAGGUUCACGCAGGCUCGCCGCCACUCGCAGGGCGUGGCGGAGCUCUCGUACGUCCUCCUGCAGUACGGGCGCCUGGUGGCGGCCGCUGGCGUUUGGCAGCUGCCGCUGCGCACCCACGCGCAGAUCCUGGCCAUCGCGGCCAAGAUGUCGGUGGUGCACAUUGUCAACGCCGCGCACGGCUUCUCCGUCGUGGUGUGCACCGCGAUCGCUGCCGUCGAGACGCUCCGCUGGAUCAUGACCGGCGGGCUCUUCGUGCUCUUCGGCGACAUCGCUGCCCAGGGGGUCUGCGCCACGCUGAUGUCCCAGUCGCUUGGGCAGAUGGGCUGGGCGGGCCUCUGCACCAUCUUCGGCCCCCUGACGCCGCUCAUGAUGCUGCUGUCCUGGGUCGCGAACCAGAUCUUCUGCGACGUGUGCGAGGGCAGGCUCACGGAGGCCGCGCCCGCGGGCCGCCGCGGGCAGCAGGGCUCGGGCGCGCUGGCGCCGGUGGUGCCGGAUGUGGAGGGCUCCGCGCUUGCGGCGCCAGGCGCGACGGUGGGAGACCUCGGCUGGAGGACCAGGGCGCUCAUGUUCCUCGGGGUGCUCUCCGACUACAUGGCGUGGGGGGAGUCCACGCUGUUCGGGUUCGGCCUCGUGCCCGUGGCCAUCGCGUCCUGGUCGCUGAUGGUGCGGGGCACGGAGUUCGAGUACAUCGUCGCAGCCAAGCCGGCUCACCCCAGCGCCUGA